UAAAGAUGGCGGCGCAGGCUGACCGCGGUGUCCCGUUGAGUACGCUUUGUCCGAAGUUUCUUCACACAAAUUCCACCAGCCACAUCGGGCCCUUUAGCGCCAUUGCUGAACUCAUAGACAAUGCCUACGAUCCAGAUGUCAGUGCAAAACAGUUCUGGAUUGAUAAGACUAUGGUCAAUGAACAAGAAUGCCUCAGCUUUAUGGAUAAUGGAAAUGGAGUGGACUAUAAAGCAAUGCAUAAGAUGCUCAGCUUUGGCUACAGUGACAAGGUUGCUGUGAAGGGUGUAAAGCCAAUUGGUAUGUAUGGCAACGGUUUCAAGUCUGGAGCCAUGCGUCUUGGUAAAGACACCAUCGUAUUUUCCAAGUCAGAGAGUAGCUCCUGCGUCGGGAUGCUUUCUCAGACCUACCUGAAGGAGAUCGAUGCUAAGCAGAUAAUUGUACCUAUUGUCUGCUUUGAACAGAGGGACACAAAGGAGCUCUGCGUGAAAGAGGAGCACAAAGCCAGUCUGCAGGACAUCCUGCGCUAUUCCCCUUUCAAGACACAGGAAGAACUGCUCCAUGAGAUUGAUGCCAUCACUUACCCCUGUUCCUCUGGGAAAAAAACUGGCACACGGAUCAUCAUCUGGAAUCUCCACAGGACAUCUACUGGAUCAACUGAGUUUGAUUUUGAGAGGGACCGUUACGAUAUCCGAAUUCCAGCUGAUGUCUAUGAGGCAAUAAAUGACACUACUCAUCAUCCAGGGGUCAUAUCACACAUCCCUGAGUGUGUUUACUCACUGCGGGCAUAUUGCAGUAUUCUCUAUCUGAAGCCUCGGAUGCAGAUCAUCAUACGUGGUGUAAAGGUGAAAUCUCAGCUCAUUGCAAAGAGUCUGGCCUUCCGCAAUACGGACCACUACAGGCCCACUUUCCUGGACAAAGUACGCAUUCCUAUCACUUUUGGCUAUAACACCAAAAGUAAAGACCAAUAUGGCAUUAUGAUGUAUCACAAGAAUCGCCUCAUCAAAGCCUACGAGCGUGUUGGCUGCCAGAUUAAGGCCAACAACAAAGGUGUUGGGGUCAUUGGAGUCAUAGACUGUUACUUUCUAGAACCUACGCACAACAAACAGAGCUUUAAUGAGACAGAUAAGUACAGGAAAACUAUGGCCAGUUUGGGAAUCAAACUGGAGGAGUACUGGCAGGAAAUCCGCCACAGGAGAAAUACAGAGGACCCAAACUGCAUACCAAUUGAAGAUACCACGAAGCGACCAGAUCAAAACUGGGUGCAGUGUGAUGAUUGUUUGCGCUGGCGCAAACUCCCUGAUGGGAUUGACUGCAGCAAGCUGCCAGAACAGUGGUUCUGCCGUAUGAACCCCGAUCCUCAGUUCAGGAACUGCAACAUAGAUGAGGAGGCCGAGGACUCGGAUGAUGAUCAACCAUCAUACCGCAAAACCUAUAAACAACAGGAGAAGGUAGACAAAAAGAAUGAAGAGAAGAAAAGACAAAAGGAAGAAGAAGAGCGAAGGUGCCUGGAAGAACAGCGUUUGGCCCAACAGCAGCUGCGUCAAUUAACUGUCCAUUCCCCCUCUACUGCCACUACCCCAAGGAGAAGGUUGAACACUGAGUCACUACUAGGGGGUGCUGCGAUGGCUAAAUCCUCUUCAUUGAGGUCCUCCACAAUUUCCCAAGCUGCUUGCAGCCCUUCCAGUAGCAGUGGUCUUCCAGUUAUUACUAGUGUAUGCUCACUGUCAACGCGCCCCCCGAGGGGGAAAAGAACACAGUCUCUUACUCCACAAAGAACGACGCCCAAGAGACCUAGAGUUAAUGGCUUCCAGCGGGUCACCCCAGAUACGUCCACAUCAGUGGAUGUGAGCCCACAGAGCUCCCCGUCAGUGCUCGCUGGUAAUGAUGAUGAUGAUACUGAUGAUGACAUUUUCAUCUUGGAGACUGCAAGUACCCCAAAGCCAAAAAGUCCGUGCUUAGAUUUGACUAAAGUGAAGACGGAGCGAGAGCAAAGUGAUGCUAACUUUGGCAUGCUGUUGGAGUGCAGCGAUGAUGCUGCAAUAGAUGUCGCCUUGGAGGCUAAUGUUGCAGGAAUGGCAGCUGUGGGAACCAGUUCCUCCCCAGCACCCCCUCUAGUGGUGGCCAGCAUCACCACCCAGACAGAAGCACCCAAAGUGAAGCAGGAAGAGUGGGAUGAAAAUCAAACCGUAAUGGAGGAGAGCGCAGGGCAGAGUGGUAAAGAAGAUGUCUGUGAGCAAAGAGCUGUUAAGCAAGAGAGCAGUGGAGACACUCACAGUGAGGAUGUGGGAAAGCAGACCUUGCAGAACGGAGUGACAAAUCAUCUGGAUAGCACAGAAAAGGCUCAACCUUCCUGUGCAGAUGCCUGUGAUAGAAACUCCUCUCCACUUCACCACCCCAGUAUGAUUGAGGUACAGGAACAGCAAGACCAGCUCCUAGAGCUCAUGCAGGCGACAGCUCAGGAGAGAGACUCCUUUAAAGAGCAGGUCCAAAACCUCACCCGCCAACUGCAGGAGCUGUCUCAGAUCAGUGUGAAGAAGGAGUGCUCUCACCAGGCCAGCCAGACGGAGGAAACGGAGCCGGAAAAGGACUACAAAAGUCUGUUUGAGAAGGCCAAACAGAAAGUCGAUGAAUUGAUUAAAGACAAAGAGACUUUACUGGCAGCCACUGAGACCAAGCCCAGUGAUGCACAAGGUGAGGAGAAGGACAUUGAUGAGAUUGCACUGCAAGUUGACCGUCUAGUCCGGGAACUGGAUCAAAGAAACAAGGAGAGGGAUGAACUGCGCUUGAAGUUGGACAGUCUGGAGGAGGAAAGGGCAAAUCUGGCAGCCCAGUGUGAAGAACUCAGGUUGAGCCUGCAGCAGCAGGGGGAAAAUGCAGAAGAGGGAAGCGCAGCUCCACACAGAGCCACUGGUUCUUCUGUACAAACAGAUCCCAACAAGGCAGGAGGGACAGCGGACACUAGCACAGAUUCAUCCAAGAGUUUGAUUGAGCUUCGGCACAACGUCGGGCGCCUUCUUGUCUCCUACGUGCCUGCCCUGGACCUGGGCCAAGUGAAUUAUGAGUGUAAUGUAAUUGAUGAGAUCCUAGAACAGGUUCUCUCCGAUGCGGCGUCUGUCACACAAGUGGGGCUGAGGGACUGAACAGUAAAUGAAUAAACAAAUCAUCUCCAUGAAUCCCCAAAUUGGUGACAUUGGGCUGUAUAAUAUUAAAUGAUCAGAUCCUAGAUUAAAGUGCAACCCGUCACCUUUAAAUAAUGAAUACAUGUCCCUAUGAGUGUGGGAAAUUAAGUCUUUUUUAUUUGUGGGGCUGAAGGUGUGUACAUGUGUACAGAUUUUAUGAUGUACAGUAAAUGCAAUGGCUACAACCUACUUUGCAUUUCUUUUUCUUAACAGAAGAGAUAAGUUAACCAAAACAUGCAGAAAAAAACUACAAACGAUAUAAUCACGGCAUACACAAUUGAAUGCUACAGGACUUUUACUUUACUCUUAAGUUUCUGGGUAACACAUUUAACAGUCAACUGUUUGAUAUUGUGUUGAUCAAGUAAUUCUAGUCACAGUAUGACCUUUUGUUUAGGUUUUCAAAACAAGCAGGCUCGAUAUGUGAUUCUGUUUUACAUUGACAACUGGCUGUUAUGUUUAUGGUUUGGAUUGCUGCAGAUUUUGUAUGCACUAUGUCAAAUAUAUUUUUUAUAAUUCCUGUCUUUGGUCUCUGAUUAAAUGCUCUGACACAUUA